CUCUCUCAUAGUGCCCUUUCUCUCUUAAAGCCCUCUUUCUCAUUUGCAUCUUCUGCUUUUGUUUUGGUUCUCCCGGAGUGUGGUUUUUGGCUUGCUCCCUCUGCAAUAAUUUGCAGUCAUUCGAGCAAUGAAAUCUAGAAGGCGUCUCCUUUUGGCUGUCCGUUUGGCUGUGUCCUCGAUAAUUGUUACCGCUAUAUUAUUGUUUGCCCGUCAUGGUACUCUGAAUGUGACAUCACUUUUUGGAUCACCGGCACCAUUUCACAAUGCUUUUGGAUAUGAAUAUGUCGAAGUGGAUGAUGAUUUAGUCAGGGAGGAUUCGAUUUCGGCACAUCAUUGUAUUGUCACAGAAAACUUCGAGUGGCUGGACAAGUACAACUUAUCAUUCCCUUUGAAAGUAGCCCACCGAGAUAUUGUCGCAAAACCUAAUCAUGGAGCGAGACCGUCAAUCACCACCAUUGAUGAGUCCUUAUUCGACGGCCAAGAGAUUUUUCGGCGCGGAGAGCUUUCUACCAAUAGAAUCGUUGACUACUGCUCCCCAAUCACUCUCGAAGUACCUUAUCCUCCAAUUCACAAAAUCGACGCUUCGCACAUGAUAUUUGGUCUGCAGACCACGAUAAAACGUCUUCGGCAUACCAAGCCGCAUUUAGCACGAUGGUUGCCCAACACUGGUGCUCGUUUGAUUGCAAUAGUAAAAGAAAGUGAAGAAAAACUGGCAUCCAAAUCAGAAAUGGCUCGACUUCAGAAGGAAUAUCGUGAAGCAGGCAUGGACGUCACUAUAAUAUCACCCGUCAAGAAAGAAGACUUUUUCAAUCAACGAUAUUUCUCCUUGAUAAAUCUAAUGUAUGCGGCUCGCAGCAAGAAAACAAGAUGGACUGUCUUAAUAGACGACGAUACAUUCUUCCCUUCCCUUCGUGCUCUACUCGACGAACUUGCCCUUCACGACCAUACCCAGCCUCAGUACAUUGGUGGAUUAUCCGAGAACUGGGCUGCCGUGAGAACGUAUGGGCUCAUGGCAUUUGGAGGGGCAGGAGUUUUUAUUUCCAGGCCGCUGGCUAAAAUUAUCCACGAGAAUAAUGAAGAGUGCAAAAACAACAUGCGAUUCACCUCGGGAGAUUCACUGGUGAUGGAUUGCAUAUAUGGACAUUCCAAAGUUCAGCUUAAGGCAGUAGCUGGACUUUCUCAGAUCGAUUUCGUCGGAGACCAUUCUGGAUUCUAUGAGAGCGGGAGAAGAGUAUUAUCUCUACAUCAUUGGAAAGCAGGAUCUGCGAGCAAAUAUCCCUACGAGAUGGACAAGAUGCAUCUAGUAUCAGACGUGUGUGACGAAUGUCUUCUACAACGUUGGCAAUUUAAAAAUGAUGUUGUCCUUACCAAUGGCUUUAGCAUUGCAAAAUAUCCCAAUGGUUCGUUAGAAGAAGGGGCAAGAAGUGCGUUAAGUAAUGCGACAAUUUUAGAUGGAGCUGUCGAUUUGAGGAGAACAGAGGUGACUUGGGAUGACAAGAAUAUGGAUGUUGAGCAUAGUCUAGCACCCACAAGACCAGAAUUGAGCGAAGAACAGAAGCUCAGCUGGAAAUUUCUGGAUAGCUUUCUGAUGGAGAAGGGACAUGUUGUCCGACAGAUAUAUUUGAGAAAGGAAGUUGAAGGAGAGGGAGAGGGAGAUGAAGUUCUGAUUCUGAAUUGGAGACGAGCCAGAAAGAAUCACGGCGGAAGAGGAAAGAAAAAUCAGUGAUGGAUUUUUCUGAAAGAAAGAAAGAAAGAAAGAAAGAGUAGCCAGAAUUUCUUUUUUGUCGUUCAACAUACCCAACAAUAAUUCGGGCAUAAAUUUGGCGUCGACGAGGCGUUUGGGACAAUAAUGAUGAUGAUUGUAGAAAUUCUGGCCGGAAUAUUGGAUAUCAUGAUGAUUUGGAAUAGGUAGGUAUGAUAAUGUAUAAAUUUCACCCAUAUGGAUAUGGCAAAUGAGAAAGGACUUUGGGAUAGCUGUUGGAUACCUAGGAUACUGGGAGGAGGAACUAAUAGAGUGUUAAUUAUAUAUGUAAUCUUACCGUUACAUAAAAAUAUAUCUAAAUACCUAGGUACAUAAAUCGGAAUAUAAAAAUAUCACCAAGUUCCUCUAGCCUCUCACUCCCUAGAAUGAUUCCCCGAUACCUCUCAACAGUGUUCUCAUCAUAUCAUACUGCUAUCCAACCAAUCGGUCAUUCUGCCUACAUACUAAGUUAAGUCUUCGCGAGAAAUAGAUAGAUAUGGGUAACAUAUCCAAAUACAACUCAUAUUCCUGCAAUUCUUUUUUUUUGUUGCAUAUCUGGAAAUGCCGAAGUUAUCCGCUGCUGUGAGGAGUUGGUUUUGUUUAUGUGUGUUUUUUUUGAGGAAGGGAAGGGUGUUGUCAUUGUGGCGAUGUUGGGUAUGCGAUGGGAUGUUAUGUGUAUGUGUGUAUGUGUUGGCUUGAGUACCUAGUAUGAUAUGGUGUUUGGUUAAGGGAAAGGGAGGGGAGGGAUGUUCGGCUUGGAUGGGAAUUGAAGACGUGGAAUGAGAUUGAAAUGAGAUGAGGAUGGGGUUAUAGUGGGGUGAUGCGGUGAUUAAAUGGUUGAGGUGGGAAAGAUGGGACGGGGAUGAGGUGGGAGUGAUAAGUAGAUUAAUAUCUGGAAUGAGAUGAUAUUUAUUGUUGUUUGAUGUGAUAUACAAAAGAG